UUUAUGGUUAACGCAGCGGCGCGCGGCCGCUUUUCCGGGUUCACGCUCGCGCGGCGUGAAGGAAGGAGGCGGGAGACACGCGCACACCGGAGCACCGACGCACACACGCAGGGUAUCGAUCCGAGGAUAUCGAUCGGCGAUCAGUGAAGACGACUCUCCACUAAAGAGCUGCUCUGUGGGUCGCAGCAUGGGGAACCUGAUCAAGGUGCUGACCAGAGACAUCGACAACAACGGGGGCAACUUCUUCCUGGACUUUGAGAACGCCCAGCCCUCGCAGUCGGAGACGGCGGUGUGGGAGGAGGUGAACCAGACGCUGACGGAGGCCCGGCUGGUCCUGGACCACCUGCAGGCCUACAAAGGAGCAGGGGAGGAGAUACGACAGGCCAUCCAGAGCCCCGGGGUGGAGGGCGUCCAGGAGAAGGCCUGGUCCGCUGUGGUUCCUCUGGUCGGUAAACUCAAAACCUUCUACCAGUUCUCCCAGAAACUCGAGUCCAGUCUGCGGUGCCUCAUGGACGUCCUCACCACCUCCACCCUGACUCCCACUCAGCAUCUGGAGCAGAAACAAGCUCUGGCCCGUCAGUUCGCUCACAUCCUUCACUUCACGCUGCGCUUCGACGAGCUCAAGAUGACCAACCCGGCCAUCCAGAAUGACUUCAGCUAUUAUCGGAGAACCAUCAGCCGCAUGCGAAUCAACAACCUUUCUGCCGACUCGGGGAAUGAGGUCAACAACGAGCUGGCCAAUCGGAUGUCUCUGUUUUACGCCAGCGCCACGCCGAUGCUGAAGACCCUCAGCGACGCCACGUCAAAGUUCGUCUCUGAUAAUCCAGACGUCCCGAUAGAAAACACCACCGACUGUCUGAGCACCAUGGCCAGCGUGUGCAAAGUGAUGCUGGAAACGCCGGAGUACCGCAGCCGCUUCGCCAGCGAGGAGACGGUGUUGUUCUGCCUCCGCGUGAUGGUCGGCGUCAUCAUCCUGUACGACCACGUGCACCCAGCUGGAGCCUUCGUCAAGACCAGCAACAUAGACAUGAAAGGCUGCAUCAGGGUCCUGAAGGAGCAGCCGCCCAGCAGUGUGGAGGGAUUACUCAACGCUCUCAGGUAUACGACCAAACACCUGAACGACGAGGCCACCUCCAAGCAGAUCAAAAACAUGCUGCAGCCCAAUUAACUCACACAGACACAAGUAUCGUGGUCCAAAUUUCAAAAAGAACUACUGAACAAAUGUUUAAUAUUUUGUUGUUUUUUUACUCUCAUUUUAAAAGUUUUUUUGUUGUUGUUGUUGUUGUUGUUUGAUCCAAGAAAAAGAUGAUAAAAUUAGUGCUGGAGCUGCGUUCACGUCCCCUCAGAUUAAUCAGGCCCGUGGAUGUUCAGAAGUAAGAGUCCCUCACGUUGACUCGCGUUGGUCCUCGCAGCCUCGUUGAGGGUUCCCAUGACGAGAAGAUGAGCUCAACCCCCCCGAAGAGACGCACAGCUUCUGUUUAGCUGACUUCGUGUGGUGUAGUUCAGGUUCAAUCGGCCGCCGCGUUAACUGCAGCAUCCUGAGUGUUGAAAGCACCAACAGAAGCCUCCACGUUCACGUGUUCAUUAUGUAGUAUCUUUUUAGUGAAGUAGCUGCGAGCCUCUUCCUGCCCGUCACCAGUUCACACGGUGACGGUUCAAAGCACAACGACUUAAGUCACUUCUGGCAAACACAAAGUAGCAGUUUUGGGGAAAUGAGGUAAAGUGAUCGGUAACAUAGCAGCACUCAAAGUACCAAAGUAACUCAUUACUCUGCGCCGUUGGUAUUGAUUGAUUCAUCUCACUUUUAAUCAUAAUCCAGCCCAAAGUGGAAGAACAUGCAGAACCAAGAUGACCGUAAAAAUGAAGGUUACUGAGAAGCGUCUUCAGGUGUUUCUAGAAGCCAGGAACUAUCUCCUCCGGAGGAACCUGGUUCUCAUUCCGUUCCUCGGGCUGCAGGUCCUACCUCACAUUUCAAUCACAAGUCGAGCUUCUCACGUUCAAAUUUUUUUUCACAUCUUUGGGAGUCGAGCUUAAAACAGUUUUCCUGUAGAAUGACGCGAAUAGACGUGAACUUCAAUAUGUUCAAAUAAAAUAAGUUCAUUAAGUUUCAACCCUGGCUGAAGCUUUUGCUUCACUCAAACUCCACGAAAAAAAACAGCAUUUUAAAAGUUGUUUUCUUGUCGUCUCGUGGAGGAACCUGACAAACUUCAAUUCAAACUUUUCUUCAUCUCUUAUCUGUUUGUAGUUGUUGGUCAAAGCUAAAUUGUUCAUUGUGGGGUCUGCAGUUUGGUGUGAACUCAGGGAUCGUAGAAGAAGUUCCUGGUGGUUUCUUCCUUGUUUCUGGAUUCUCAGUCCUCACUUAGUUUUGGGGUCUUGGAUGGUUCCCAUAGCAACGCUGGUUGACAAACCAACCAGUCCGCUGUCGGUGUCCUCUCGGCCUCGUCUCCAUCAGGUUCAAGUUUUAUAGAUCGAUUUAGUUUUUACAUUUAUUAUGAGACGCAAACAAAAGGGAAACCUUUUAGAAAUGGAACGCAGCGUCUGCGAUGUUUCUACCGGAAGAAUCUAUUCAGCGAGCCUCCUGAAACCAAAGCAGGAGUCUGCAGCUGGUCAGCGAUCAUCUCAACCCGGGUUGUGGUUCUGUUGAUCCGGUACGGUAAAGAAAAGAGGACUCGUGUGUAUUUAAGCUGGAUGGAUAAUGUUUAACUCACUGUGACAGGUACGAAAAUAAGAGAAAACCUCUGACUCAUGAGCGGAUGUGACUGGAAACCUUUUAUUUUGCUUUGCCGUCGUCAGGGAAAGAACGGCAUUAAAUGUUCUCAAAUCGUGUUUCUGUUGGCCAAAUAAAGAUUUUACAUUUUUAAGAAAAAUUGAGUUUAUUUUUAUUCUUUUUGCCAGUAUUUUUAAAAAACUGUAAUUAAAUGUUUUCUGUCCGUAUCGACGAUGAAUCUAAAGAACAUGAGUCUGAGCAUGAAACAUCGGUUUGCUUUUGCUGAUUGAGGAACCGUUUUUAUUUUUAAAUAGACUUGUUAGUUUCACUUCUGCUUUUUAUGACUUUUAUUCUGUGGUGUGUGUUCCUGCUGAUUUCGCCUUCAUUUCUCUUUAUUUUGUAACUUUAAUCGUAGUGAGAUCUGAGGCUACAGUUGAACAUGUUGAAGAUCCCCAUGUGAGCCAGUAGUCCUUAGACCAGCUGGCGGUUUGCAGCUUUGAGGUCAGAAGCUUCUGCUGUAACGCAAUAAGAAUAAAAGCUAAACCCAAAAGUCGUUUAAAGGAGUGAGUGUGUCCUCACAAACCAGGAGUAAAUGGUACGGUCCUCAC